AUGGGCUUCCUAACUGACCUGAUCGAAGACGCAAUCGAGUCAAAACUCAACGGCAGCAGCUCGCAAUCCCAGUCCCAACCUGCCACCGAAAACAACUACUCCUCCUCUUCCUACGGGGGAGGAUACCAGUCCGGCCCUCCGCAACCAUCCCAAGUGCCCUACCCCUGGGUCGCCCGCUGGGAUGACCGCGACCAGCGCUGGUUCUUCCUCAACGAACAAACAGGACAGACAAGCUGGGAGGUUCCGUCCUCAGGAGGUUAUUCGGGAGGGUAUUCUGGAGGAUAUAGUGGCGGAGCGCCGCAGCAAGGGUACUACGACGGCGGCCGUGGUGGUGAUUAUUACCAGUCCUCGGGAUACGGGAGUGGUGGUGUCCCUCAAGGAGGGUACUACGAGCAGCCGGUGCAGCAGGAGGCGAAAAAGGAUCAUACAAUGCUGUACGCUGGUGCGGGUGUCGCGGCUGGGGUUGUCGGUGGGGCGUUGUUGAUGCAUGAGGGGGAGGAGAUCCAUGACGAUUUCGAGGAGAAGAAGGAGGAUUUCGAACAGGGCAUUGAAGAUUUCCCGGAGAAUGCGGCCAGAUGGACGGGCGAGGCGGUUGGCGAGGUCGAGCAAAUUCCCGACAGGAUUGAAGACGGGUUCGACGCUGUUGGCGGCGGUAUUGAGGAUGCGGUGGACGACGUGGAGGAUUUCCCUGAAAAUGCCGCUGGGUGGGUUGGGGAGAAAGUUGGCGAGGUUGAGCGAUUCGGGGACAAUAUGGAGGAUGCGUACGAUGAUGGUGUUGCCGAGGGAAGGGGGGACGAUUGGUAA